CGCAAAGCGUAAAGAAAAAAAAGGGGCUGAACAACUCCCAUCGUUUGCUUGCUUGCUUGCUUGUCCCCCUCCCCUCACUAUUUCCCCCUUUGCUGGAUGCCGCCCGCCUCAAUCUCCGCCUGGUAGUUAGUUGACACCCGCAUCUGCUGGACGACACUUGCUUCAGGUUCAUCCGGGUCAUCUCAACUAGGCCGGAUGAGCACGAGGCGGACCAGGAAGAAGCUGAGCAUCUCCAUCCAAGAGCACAUGGCUAUCGAUGUGUGCCCGGGCCCCAUCCGACCCAUCCGCCAAAUCUCUGACUACUUCCCCCACCGUUCGUCCACCUCCCCGACACCCCCGUCAGGCCUCGGCCCCUCCGGACCGGGGUAUGGCCAUGGUGGCGGUGACGCCGACGCUUCAGUGGACGCCACUGGCUCGGACAGCGACGACUGCACGGCAUUGGGAACUCUGCAGUUUGAGCUGCGGUACGAGCAGGCGACCAGUCAGCUGCACUGCACUGUGAUCAGAGCCAAGGGCCUGAAGCCGAUGGACUUCAACGGCUUGGCGGACCCUUACGUCAAAGUUCAUCUGCUACCCGGCGCAUGCAAGGCCAAUAAACUGAAGACAAAGACCAUCCGCAACUCUCUGAACCCCGUGUGGAACGAGACGCUGACCUACGAGGGAAUCACGCCGCAAGACAUGAAUAGGAAGAUGCUCAGGCUGACAGUGUGCGACGAAGACAAGCUGACUCACAACGAGUUGAUUGGCGAGUCACGGGUUUCUCUCAAAAGAGUCAAAGCGGACCACAACAACCAUUUCCACACGUGCCUGGAACAUCCUCCGCCGCUGCCGUCUCCAAGCACCAUGGGUGAAGCUCUGCGAGGGAUCUCCUGCUACUUGCGAGAGUGGGAGAACGAGCAGCUGCACAGUUUGGAGGAACGAGGUCGCCUUCUCCUUUCGCUACAAUUCUUGCCUCCGGCCGAUGACGAGCCGGAUGACAGCGGCGGUGGCGGCGGCGAGGGUCUCUGCGUGGGCGUGAAGCGCUGUGCUCACCUGGCAGCCAUGGACGUCAACGGCUUCUCCGACCCCUACGUCAAAAUAUACCUGAAGCCUGACAUCCACAAGAAAUCCAAACACAAAACUGCUGUGAUGAAGAGGACACUCAACCCCGAAUUUAACGAGGAGUUCUUUUACGAGAUGUCAUUGUCAGAGCUGGCCAACAAGACUCUGGAGGUGACGGUGUGGGACUACGACUUGGGACGCUCCAAUGACUUCAUAGGCGGCGUGUGUCUGGGUGCUCACUCUAUGGGCGAUGCCCAUCGCCACUGGACCGACUGUCUGAAGAACAAAGGCCAGCAGGUGGAGCGCUGGCACAUCCUGACCAAUCAGCUGCCCAAAACAGGCAACCACAACUAAUGUGACCGCAACACAGGAAGCAGCGGCUGAAGUGCACCAUCGCAAAAAAAAAAGACAGUUGGCGAGUCUUCGCUGCAGCCCAAGCAUGUGAGCACCACACAUUCACAGACAUGCUGCAAGAGGAAAAAAACGGAACCCUGUUUCAGGUGUUGAGACUCCACAUAAAAUGUUUUAUUUUUUCAUAAAACCACAAAAUAUGAACCAGUUUAUCAAGGCAGAAGGAGAAAAAGGCAAGCAAAAGGAUAGUUGGUAGUUUGAGGCUGACGGCAUUGAUCGAGCAAAGUUUUUGCUGACCAUGAUUUUGGGUGACAGAGACUUUCCCUGCUUUGCUUUCUAGCCACAGUUACAUAUUGAAUUCUCAAUAUUGCUGAGUAUUCUUAAAAAAAACACACACACACACAGCGGUCUUGCUAUAUCACCAUUCACCUUUUGCAGGUUCAGCGCAUGGUGGAUUUUUUUGGGGGGGUACUGUAUAUUCGCUACACAGCGGCAUUUUGCAGUGUUUUUUUUUUCUAACGUAGUUUUUCUGCAGUCUCAUGUAAAAAGCACACGCCAGGAGGAGAGUAACACUUAAUAAAACAACAUGUGAAAUGUAGCUGUCUUAAAUGACCCUUACAUGACACAACUGCGUCGCUACGGUAAAAAAUCGUCAGCAAAUUUAAUAAAGCAUA